AUGGACUUUGACGACGUCUGGGACGACGACGACUGGACUUCGUUUGACCAGCAUCAAACCUCGUCCGCCGGGCGGCAAGCGCCCAGCGGUUUCACCACCUCUAGCAGAGCCAUGCCAGGCCUACGGCAUCCACCUCCAUCCUCCGGUCUGCGGCGGCAGCCACUCUCCAAGGUCACUCCCAACAUAAUAGCUUCUCGGCGUCGCGCAUCGCAAGGCGUGUUGCCAGCAAAAGAAGCCUUGACCACAGCAUCUGGCGGCAGAUCUGAGGCUGAAGCGGAAGCAACAUCCGCGGCGGACUCAGUACCACGUCGCGUGCGGCCGCGCAUCGACCAGCAACCGCUGCCCCUUCGCCGCGACAAGCAAGGACAGCUUUUCCUGCCGCCGCUGCCAGCGGCGCCAUCACCGACAGCAGCUGCGGCGCCACAGUCGCUGCAGCAACCUCGACACCGCACGCUUCUCAACUAUGCCCUCAGCUUAUUCCGCACGCGUCUAGUCGCCUGGAAGCUGAUUCCUCCCGACCCAGAUGGGAAAACCGCAGCGGCAGCUCCCGGCGGCGGGCAAGUCGGCGCAGCGACCAAACCGGAGGCGGCAGGGGCGCCGGUGGCGUCCGGCAGAAGCAAUACGACAUUACCAUCGACAGCAGACCUUGAACAGCUGGGUUCGGCGGUCGCAGCCCUGCAAGGCGCUCUGCGUGACUGCGGCGGCUGCAAUGGCGGCGGCGGCGGCGGCAGUGCCAGUUGGAGGGCAGGUCACCCAGCGGCAGCAGCCCCUGUGACGGUGCGAGAUCGGGGUGACGUCUGGCGGCUGUGUCGCCUCUGCAUGGAAGCGGCCUAUCAGGCGGUGCAACCUGCCGGGUCGGUUCCUGGCGUGCUGGACCUUUCCCGGACGUUGCAAGGCUUGGCCGGCAAGAUGUACGACCUGCUUUGCGAGCUGCCAACCCCCGGCAGCCCGACGGGCGUCAGAAUUCAGGCGGGCGGCGUAGCUGCGGCGGCGGUGGCGGUGGCGAUGGCGGCGGACGACCAGGAGGAGGAAGAUAGCGCGGCGGCGUUGUUUGCCCGAGUGGCAUUCUUCGUUAGGGCCCUCAGCACCAACCUGCUCAUCCGGCUGCAGGGGCUCCUCUCCUCCCCCCACAUGCCGCCCGAUCUGGUCACGGAUACAGCUCUGGACGCCGCCACAAAGCUGAUGAUGGUCGCCUCCAGGAAGCUGGACGGCGGCGGCGGCGGCGGCGGCGGCGACGGCGACGGACAGGCAGGAUUCCUGCCGUCACAGCAGCCCCUGCCGUCGCAGCACCGCCACCACCACCAGCAGCAGAAAAGGCGGGAUGUCUUAGGGGAUAUGCAGGAUGGAUUGACUCUGCUGGCGGAUACGUUGGCGUUCCUGGAGGCGGUGCUGGAGGUCGGGCCGCCUGGGUUACAACACGGGGCGGCGGCGGCGAAUGGAGCGGCAACGGCGGCGGCAGGAGAGCAACAGCAGGAGGAGGCGGGGGAUGCCGUACAGUGGCGCCGGGAGGUGGACCCGGCGGGCGAGCUGGGGGAUACCCGACGCCAGGUUCUGACAAUGCUCAUCUCCGGCAACCUCCGCCUGGGGAAUUUUGAAGACGCGCUGUCGUACAUUCGGGAGUACGAACGGCCUCUAGCCGAGUUCAGCAGCGGUACCGGCGACGGCGCCGACGCAGGCAAGGCCUUCUCCCGCCGGUCUAAUGAGUUGCAGCUUGAGGUGGCGUUAUUUCGGCUGAGGGCGUGCUUGGGGCUGGGCAGGCCGGCAGAGGCGGCAGCGGUGCUGGCCCGCGAAGUCGAGCCCAACCCAUCGUGCACGUACGACAUUGUCAAGGCCGCCAUUUCUCGGCUCUUGAACCCACCAUCGCCUUCGCUGGAGCACCUUCUCACCUCGCUUCCAGCCAUCACCACCUGCCUAAUGGCGUCCCUGGCGCGUUGCCGCCAGGCCGCCGGCGGCGGCAGCAACGGUGCCGGCGGCGGCGGGAGGAAGAGGAGCGCAGUGCAGCAGGCACAGGGUGGCCGCGGCGGCGUUGGAACUGGCGGCGGUACGGCAGCGCAACCCUGGCCUCCGUACGCGGGCGCCGAGCUUGUACUGCAGGUCGCGAAGGCAGUGUCUUGCUACGAGGACCUAUCUGCGAAGUCCCCCGUCAUUUCCGUACGUCGCAGUACAUCCCCGUACAUCACCCAUGCCCGUGUGCUUGGGGGUUGGGGGGACUUGCACUUGCAGGGCCCCAUCGCCGAGCAGCAAUUGCUGAGCCUCCUCGCGCACGACGACGUCGUCGCCGCCGUCUGCGACGCCGCCGACCCACGGGACCGCCUCCACCGCUUGCUCUUCGCACGCGGCGCCGCCGCCUACCAGCAGGCCGAUAGCGAGGCCGCCGCGCGCCUCUUUGCCGCCGCGCUGCUGUACGCCGCCAGCGGCGGAAGCGCGCCGUACUGCCGUACGGCCAGGAUGCUCAGCAAUUGCUACGUCGUGCUGGGCCAGACGCGCAUGGCGAUGGGUUACCUGGAUUUGGUUGAACCUCAUGAACCUGACACGGCGGCGCUGCUGCUGCUGAGGUUGCGGCUAGUGAUGAAAAUCCAAGCCGAGGAGGCGGCGGCGGCGGCGGCGGCGGCGGCGGGACCUCCACGUCCUGCGGUGUGCGCUGCACUGAACGGUGGCGGCAGCGAGGACGGGGCCCGGUCGCUUGGGUCUGGCACCGCCGCCGCUGCCGCUGCCGCUGCCGCUGCGGCGAUGCAGAACGACACGGAGCCGUUGCGCUUGAUGGACCGCCUACCUCAGUGCUGCGACUUUGAAAUCCACCAUCUGACGGUGGCGUACGACAUCGCGACCCGCGCCGGCCGCCAUCGCAUCGCCAUCGCCGCGACGCAGCUGGCGAUGCGCUUUUGCGGUACUGGCAUCGACAGCGGGCACGACGCGGCCGCCGCCGUCACAGCCGAAGCAGGACCAGGCGCGAUGCCGCCGCGGCCGCCGCCGUCACAGCGCCAUCCAGCCGCCGCCGCUGCUGUUGCCGACUUGACUAUCCCUCUGCAGCUCACACGGAACUGCCUAGUUGCCCGGCUCCGAGCUGAUCCCGCGCUGACGGCAUCCGCCACCGCCGCCGCCACCGCUGCCGCCGCCGCCGCCGCCGCCGUGGUGGAUGAUAGCCGCGACGGCGGGGCCGGCGGCGCACCUGGCACCGACGGAGCCGCCCUCCGCCUAUCGUACGGCACCGCCAUGGCUUCGCUGCAGGACUUGCGGUGGUUGUGCGGCCGGUUGCAGACCGCUGAAACACGUGACAUCGCGAGCAUGGCUGCGGAAGCGAAGCCCACCCUGGAGUGGCUUCGUGACGUCGCACUGGGCCUUGUGUACGAGGGCCUAGGUGUUGGAAUGGAGCUUGCCGGCGGCGGCGGCGGCGGAAGUGCGGACGCCGCCACUGAGUGUACUACCGCCAGUGAACACGGCCGCGACGGCGGCGGCUGCGACGGAGGCGGCGGAACGUCGCUCCGCGGGCCCCUCCGAAACCAUCUCGCGCAUCAACGACCUUACCGGGUUUUACCAGGGCCCUACGACUGCAUGGAGCGCGACCCGGAGCUCUUCAAGGACCGUGGCGAAGCGCAGUGUCCAACGGUGGCGCCGCAGCGCCCUGGGGACUGGCGUAUGGCCCGUACUGCGCUGGGCUGCGCGCGGCAGCUGGGCGCGGCGGCUCGGGCGGCCGGCGGCGCCAACGGCGCGCCGCCAUCCCUGGACCGCUGCGCCAGUGUGAGGGACCGGCGACAGGCGGUCGCAUCCGGCGGCGGCGGCGGCGGCGGCGGCGGCGGCGCCAGCUGUGGUGAUAUCUGCGGCAGUGAGGGCCGUUGCGACGGUUGGCAACUCAAGUUACAUACUGCGACAGUGGCGGUGGCAGCCUGCAUGCUACAGUCUAUCGCAGGCCCCCCCGACACCGACGCUGGCGAUGGUGAUGGCGGUGGUGGUGGCGGUGGCGGUGGCGAUGCGCCGGCGGCGGUGGUCGAGUCCGCCCGCAAGCUGCUGCUGCUGCUUCAGGACUGCAGCAACCCAGGCGCCAAAAGUGACCCACGGGUCGCGGACCGGCCAGCGGGACACCAUAAAGACCACCACAUCGCCCGCACGUCAGCGGCCGGCCAGGUCCAAGCCGCUGCCGCCGCCGCCGCCGCCACCACCGUCCCCGUCGGCGCCUCCGCCAGCUCCCUGCGGGCGGCUACGUCGCAGCUGCUCUUCGUGGCGGCCACGUAUCUGCGGGACGAGCGGGGCCAGAAGGCGGCCCUGCAGGCUCUAGUAGAGGAUACGGCAGUGAGCGCGACGCAGCUGGAAGCGCUGGCGGAGCUCUGUUUGGCUCCGGGUCGCCCCUGGCGCUGCGCGCCCAUGGCGUGCAGCUUGCUGGGGUUUGCCAUGCGUAAAGCGCUGGCGGCGGCGCCGCCGCCACCGUCAGGUGCAUGUCGUAGUCGGCGAGCUGAGGACUCGAGCGUCGACAUCGUAGCUCGGGUCUGCGGGCACCCCGGGCCAUCAGGCGGCUGUUUCAGCUCUGCAGUCCACCAGUACGACUUAGAGUAUGUGAGCGGGCUGCAGAAGUCGCAGCAAAGGUACGGCAGCAGCGCGGCUCUGGCGGCCGCGGUCGCGUCGCAUUUAUGGGCCUCCUGCUACAACGCGGCUGUAGCGGAAGGUGUCAGUAGCAACGGCGGCAGCGGCGGUGGCCAUGAGAGGGGCAUGUCGCAGCAGCUGUUGGCCAUGGCCGUGAAGCUGGCUGGGCUGAAUGAUGACGGCGGCGGCGGCGGCGGCGGCGCCAGUGGCAACGGCGGCGGUGAUGCCGGCGGCGGCAGCGGUACCGAGCUGGGACGCCUUCUGGAACAGGCAUUCACAGUGUCCUUGGAGACCCUCUUGCCGCGUCCACCGCCACCUGCACCGCCGCUGCCGCCGCCAUCUCCGCGUCCUGUAGCUGCAGCGGCAGAUGUGACUGAAGCGCACCCGGCACCGCGACUGCCGCCGCCGCCGCGGCCGCCGCUGGCUCUGGCGUCGUCGCCGCCACGAAAACCUACCCCACCCGCCAUCAACAACAACAGCACCACCGCCACUACCAGAAACAAUAAAACCAAAAAUGAAGUUAACAAUAACGGUACAGUGGAUAUCGAAGCUCCGAAACUCAACAGCCGAGGAAGGAACCCCCUCGGCGGCGGCUGCACAGCCGCAGUGGCGGCGAUGCACAUGCCAACACCACCCCCGCGACCGCCGCCGCCGCCAUCGCAGCUCUCCUCGGCUGUCGUGAAGGUGGUGACGUCUGAAGCGAAGGAGGCAGAAGGUGGAGGCGGUGUCCCGGUGGGCAGGGCGGAACGCCGAACCCCGAAGAAGGCGGCCGCAGCACCGGCUCUACCGCCCCAUCUACCUCAAGCACCGGCUCCAACUCAGGUGGGCGCAUCAGCAGCUUCUGCCGCACCACCGCGGGCGGUGAAGCUAGUCCGCGGCAUCUCGGGUGCAGCGCGGCGGCCCCUGAAGCCGCCAGCUGCAGCGGUGCCUGCCAACAGUGAAAUGCCGGCUGCUGCGAGAACGCCAGCCGCGCUUCGCGCGACGGCGGCAGCGCCGCCGCUGCUGCCAGCGCUGGCGGCAAAGGCAGCAGCAGCACCGCCUCCUCCAGCGGACGCAGACGAGCCGGAUCCGAUGGGGCAGCAGCUGACCUUACCAGCAGGUGGCGCGAACCACCAGCAGCGCAGCGGAGGAGGAGCAUGUGAAAUGGCGGCAGCAACGGCGCCGUCACUACCGGGUGACGCCGCUGGAAACGGCACCGAUGGGUCGAAGCGGACGUGCGGCGCACCUGCUGAUGAUGACGGCAGCGCUCGAUGCGGCGGCGACAACGCUUGCGUCGGAGGACCGAGGACGGUAACGCCUGCUGCUAAGGAAUCUGCUGAUAGCAGUUCAGAGCCGUGUCCUAAACAGGACGCGGAGCGGGGGGCCUACAUAGGACGUGACGGUCAACGGGACCCGGUCCUAGCCAGCGCUGAGCAGGGGGAAGUACGAGAGGAGGAAGAGCACUACCGACGUGAACAGGUUGAGGGGCACCACAGGGAGCUGGAGGACUCUCACGAUGAGGCGAUUCAUCGAAGGGAUGACUGGGAGCCCGGGAGGGAGGAAGUGCAAAGGCAGGAGGUGAAGGCGGCGCAUGUGGAGCAGCGGGAGGGAGAAGGGACGGAAGAGGGUGUGGAGGAGGCGGAGAAGCCACACAUGCGCCAAGGCGGUGGGCCUCCGCGGCUGCAACCACUGCCGCCGCCGCCGCCGCCGCAGCAGCAGCAGAAGCAGCAGAAGCAGCAGGAGGACGAGAAAGAGGAGCAAGAGGAAGAGGAGGCCAAGAGAUCUGAGGUCGGCGCGGAUCAGGUUUCUUGGUGUGGGCGGGAGGAGCUCGGUAGAGGCGGCGGCGGUGGCAGCAAGGAGGCAACCGUGCCGUUGCUGGACCCUGGUAGUCAAGGCGUUGUUACUGAAAGUACGGACGACACGAGCGAUGGGGGAGUAGAGGGACAGGCCGCAAACCCGCAACGCCGCAGUGCGGACGCGCCGGGGGUGAGUGAGCAGCUGGGCGAUGAGGAGGGCGGACCGGCGGUGAUGGCGAUGGACUUGGGGGGUGCUGCGGAGAUGGCGACAGGCGAAGAAUUUCAAGAGGUGCUGGAAGAGGAGAAGGUGGAAGCAUCAGAGCCAGCCACGAAAAAGGAGGAAGAUUUGGAGGUGGAGGAAGAAAUGGGAAUGGAGGAAGAGGCGAAGAAGGAGAUGGAAGAGAUGGAGGCGGCAGCAACUGGGAUGAUGGACGGCGACAGCGGCGCGGCCAUUGCAAGAAGCGCGAAAGAGCCAGACGACGCAGCUGAGAGGGGGGUGGCGUCGGCGGGAGCAGCUGCCUCUGACGACGAGCGCACCGCAAGGGACGGUGGGGAUGCAGCGGGUUUAAGCCCACCGGAACGCGGCCAAGGAGCAGCGGAGGUCCCAAUCGCGGAAGGCAGAUCCGGAAGCGGCAGCCGUGCCCAACCCCAGUCCAUGAUUGCGGCCCCUGAUCAGCCUCAGGGGUCCCCCUGCCGUGUUAACCGGCUUAAGUUGACCAGCCUUAUGGAAGGGAUGGAAGCUCAUGUCUGCAUUACGUCGGCACCGGCGCCAAGUGAGUUGCAAAAAGGAGAAGUCGAGGUGGUGACGCAUGAGAGUGGAGCACGGGCGUUAGGGGUGCCGGCGGCGGCGGCGACAGUGCCGCCAGAUGGCCCGGCGGCGGCGGCUGCGCCGUCAGGGACCGCCCAGUUAGCGGUAGCAGCGCCCUCAAGGUGCGAAACGACAGCGGCGAUGUCACAAGGUUUGGUGGCGGCGCCGUCGGGUGGUCAAAAAGCAUCAGCACCGUCAGAGGGCCCGGCGGCGGCGGCGCCGUCAAGUUGCAAAGUGGAGGGGAAUUCAGAGGUCGCCAUCCAAACGCUUGCCAAUAGUGAACAACUGAUCGCGUGCUUCGACAAGCCGACCAACGCCCGCAAAGGGCCCGCUCCGCAUAGCCCGCGGGCCCCCGGUGGUGUUGGGAGCCGGAGCGGCGGCGCCGGCGCUGGCGCCAGCGCCACCGGUCUAUUGCCGAUAGACAGGACAGCGGAGCCGCCGGAGCUGCGGGUGGCGGAUGAGAGCACAAGCACACAGCCGCCUGCAACUGAGGCACCUGCCGAGAGGCUGUUGGUCGCGGCGGCCGCGAGACCAGUUCCGGCGGCGGCGGCGGCGACGGCGACGAUGGCUGCAGCUCUUGGGGCUGACGGGGCUUCCGUAGCAACAGCCACCGCCCCAGCGGGAGUUGCCGGUGCCAUCUCUUCCGGGGAUGAGCACCAGGCAGGUGAACAGUCCGGCACUCUGCAGCGCCCGCAUCAGGCGGUUGGGGAAAGCCCGACGGCCGAUCCGACCACACCUUCUGCAGCUGCUGUCGUGGCGGCUGAAAGCAUUUCGAGUUUCAGGCUCGUACUAGGCCUCCAGUCAGUACCGGCAGGGGCUCCCCCAUCAACCACAUUACCGUCCCAGACGGGCCUUGUGGCCGGAUCAGCAAUGGCGGCGGCAGUAGUAGCUGGGCCGGUAGCUGUGCCGGUGCGGGCCCGUCGUCCGCAAGGGCAGGCUGAUGGCAGCAGGUCGGCCCUGGCUGUGGCGUUGAUAGCGGAAGUAAAGAUGAACGCGGAGGCGGAGGAAGAGGUGCAAGUUCCGCCGACAGGAAGCUGUGAAGGGAAGAAACAGGCGAGCGCUGCCGUGUUGCAGGAUGACGUGUCCGGUGGGGAAGUGACAGUGGCGGCCGCGGCAGUGGCUUCAACGGACGCACGUGAUAAUUUUGGGUCGUGUAAGCCGCAACCGCAAACAGCAGCGGCGGAGGCCGUCGGCGCUGCCGCGCCGGCAUUACCACCGGCGCCAACGGGGCGGCCGGCUGCGGCGGCGGCGCAGGCUUCUGUACCUCCGCUGCGUAAUGAUGUUGAUGGAGUAACGGCGCUCGAUCUUGAAAAGGACGAUGAGGAGGAACGCGGCCGGUCGGCUAAACGAGCGAGGUGGAGAUCACCGUCGCCCGUUCUGCUCCUUCGCCGGGAUAGCGGACCGGUCGAGAGGGACGGAAGGGGCCGAGGGCUGCGUGUCCCAGCGACCAUUGCCAGCGUCCUCCCGCCGCUGCCGUCGCCGCUGCCCCUGGCUGUUUCGGCGCCAGCACUGCCGCCAGCAGCAAAAUCAAAAUCGUUACCUGCGUUGCAGAUUGUCGCGAAUUGUUCUGGUGAGGUAACUCCAGGGAACCCGCCUCCACGUGACGCCAGCGGCGCCGUCACCAUGGAAGGCUGCGGGAAAGCCGUGAGCAUCCAGACGGUGGUGGCAGUAGGGGCGGCGGCAUCCACAGCAGCUCCUAUAAACAAUCCAGACGACAGGAUUGCUACUGCUGCGGCGGCGGAGGACGGCACGGCUAGUGCCAUCGAUGUCGCCUCAGAAAAGAGCGCCCCGGGUGGCGGGGAGGUUGCAUCAGGUCGCAACAACGCUUAUGCAGAUGGGGUGGACGCGCUUAUGCUGGACGAAUGGUAG